AUGGACCGACUUGACUAUCCCGCCCUUCGUAGCUGCUCGAUGAUUACUGCGAAAUUGACUCAAUACUACAUCUACAAGGACGGGCCAUGUGGGAAAUAUGCCAAUUACUGUUUAGAGAAGGAUGGAAUACACACCAACAUCUCAGUUGGGGUACAGACUGAGCCCUACGUUUUGGGUGGCCUAUCGGAGAUCUUUGCAUCCGUCGCAUCUCUUGAAUAUGCAUACACUAAAGCUCGUAAUAUGAGAUCGCUCAUUCAGGCGGUAUCGCUCUUUAUGCAUGCUUUCUCAGCAGCCUUGGGUCAGGCACUGGUGGCACUAUCCGAUGACCCCUUACUGGUGUGA